GUUUAUCAUCCGGCCCAAUUGCAUUCAAAUUAAAAAAAAUUGCUCUUCAAACUUUAAACUGGUCUGGCUAAAAAUUUGCGUUUAAAGUCUACUCUUUUAACUUUGUUGGAGUUUGCCUACCAUCUGUUCGAUGAAAUGUCUGAUCGAACUCUUCUAUAGAAAUUCUCUCUUCUAACCCAGAUUUACAGAUCAUCCUUCCCAAACUAAUCUUUCAAUUGUCGCGAAGUUAAAUUACAAUGCAAAGAUUACGCAAACUUACAUCAUCUUCAAUUCUAAGCAUAGUCAACAAAACUUUGCCUUCUUUAGUACAAGAAGCUGGCGCUGCAACCCCAGGGAGCUUCCUGAAAUGGGGUUCACUUGGUUUUGUUCGUACAUCAAAGUUUGCAUCUGGGUUUUCUCCAUUUGAAGUGAAGCCAUUAAAUUCGAUCAUGGAUGUUGAGCGUGCUAAGUUUAAGUCUCCUGAGGAUCUUACUAUGAUAUGGGAUGAUUUUCACUUGGGAAGAGGUCAUAUUGGCGCAACCAUGAAAGCAAAUAUGUACAAGUUAUUCGAGCAAAGGGCAAACGAUUGUCAAUAUUUUGUCAUUCCGUUGUGGAGAGGAAAUGGAUAUACAACCAUGUUUUCUCAAGUGAAGAUCCCACACAUAAUUUUCACUGGGCUGGAAGAUUAUAAAGCUCGAGGAACUCAGGCAUCCCCGUAUUUUACUGUUACACACUACACAGAAUUUACAGACACCAAAGAUUUGGUACUUGUUCGUGGAGACGUAGUAUUUACCAGCAAGCUCACUGACGAGGAAGCAAAAGUGCUUUUGGAGACCACUCAAUCUUUUUACCUUAAUGAUGUGAGGUACAAGCUGGUGGAACGGUUCAACAAACAGACUCAUGACUUUGAGUUCAAGGAUGUAUUGCAGGCCUUGGAAAUGCCUUCAAUGUAAUUUUUUUUUUCCAGCAAAAUCAUACUCGGGGUCAGUCAAUUCAGUAUAUUUUUGGGGGAACUAAUACUUAGAAUAAAAACUCAUGAUUAGUUGGCUUCCUGCUGCUGUUUAGGUUUGUUGUUUGCCUCAAUGUUCAAUGUGGUGCAGUUGAUAUACAUUAUUCAAGUAGAAUCGAAAUCACUUUGGAAGAGUGGGAUAUUCAGAUUUGUAAUUUAUACACUGUCUGGGUCACUUCCUACCAACACAUACGUACAUUACUUGUAUGAUGCAUGUCACAGUGAUUUCCUAAUGAAAAUUUUAUAAUGGUUCUAUUAGAGUUCAAA